AUGACCACCUGCAGCCGCCAGCUCACCUCCUCCAGUUCCACGAAGGGCUCCUGCGGCCUGGGCGGCUCCGGCCGUGUCUCUUCCUGCCUCGGCCCCAGCACCUACGGGGGGCUGUCGGUCUCCUCUCGCUUCUCCUCCCGGGGAGCCUGCGGGAUGGGGGGAGGCGCUGCCGGAGGCUUUAGCAGCAACAGCGGCUUUGGCGGAGGAUAUGGUGGUGGCCUUGGCGGUGGCCUUGCUGGUGGCUUUGGUGGCGUCUUCGGUGGUGGCUAUGGUGGUCUUGGAGGUGGCUUUGGCGGUGGUGAUGUGCUCCUCUCUGGCAACGAGAAGGUGACCAUGCAGAACCUCAACGACCGCCUGGCCUCCUACCUGGACAAGGUGCGCGCCCUGGAGGCGGCCAACGCCGACCUGGAGGUGAAGAUCCGCGACUGGUACCAGAGGCAGCGGCCGGCUGAGACCAAAGACUACAGCCCCUACUUCAAGACCAUCGAGGACCUGAAGAGCAAGAUUGUCAUGGCCACCAUGGAGAAUGCCCAGUCCAUCCUGAAGACGGACAAUGCCAGGCUGGCCGCCGACGACUUCAAGAACAAGUACGAGCAUGAGCUGAACCUGCGGCAGACAGUGGAGGCCGACAUCAACGGGCUGCGCAGGGUGCUGGACGAGCUGACCCUGGCCAGGGCCGACCUGGAGAUGCAGAUCGAGGGCCUGAAGGAGGAGCUGGCCUUCCUGAGGAAGAACCACGAGGAGGAGAUGCUGGCCCUGCGCGGCCGGACUGGCGGGGACGUCAACGUGGAGGUGGACGCGGCCCCCGGCGUGGACCUGAGCCGCAUCCUGAACGAGAUGCGCGACCAGUACGAGCAGAUGGCGGAGAAGAACCGCAGGGAGGCCGAGGCCUGGUUCCUGAGCAAGACCGAGGAGCUGAACAAAGAAGUGGCCUCCAGCAGCGAGCUCAUCCAGAGCGGCCGCAGCGAGAUCUCGGAGCUCCGCAGGGUGUUUCAGGGUCUGGAGAUCGAGCUGCAGUCCCAGCUCAGCAUGAAAGCGUCCCUGGAGAACAGCCUGGAGGAGACCAAAGGCCGCUACUGCCUGCAGCUGUCACAGAUCCAGGAGAUGAUCGGCAGCGUGGAGGCCCAGCUGGCCCAGCUGCGCUGCGAGAUGGAGUGCAGCUCCCGCACCCCUAGCAUCCCUUCUCCCCGCAGCAUCUCCGGAGGCCAGGCCUACGCUUCGCGGGAAGUCUUCUCCUCAUCCUCACGCCAGCCCAAGCCCAUCCUCAAAGAGCAGAGCUCGGCCAGCUUCAGCCAUUCCCAGAGCUCCCAGAACUGAGCCGCCGCCUGCUGCCCUCGCCUGGUGUGGACCUCGAUCCCCACGCAGCCCCGCUGACCU